CUUAAAAACUCGGUUUCCUUCUCCACCUCCUUCGUUACGUUACCAAAUCUUCUCUGUCUUUUCCUCCUUUAUUUAACCCCCCUAUUCAUAUAUAUGUAUAUAUAGGGAAUUUCAUAACAUCCUAAGUCAGAUUUACAUACACCAUCCAAUUCUUCCUAUUCUCUCUCUUUCUCUCUCAUAUCAAAUCAUCAUUAUCAUCACAAACAAAACAAAGGUUUCAAUCAUUUGAGUUUUUGUUGAAUACACAAAGCAAAGCAAAGCAACCACCAAACCAAACCAUGGAGUAUCGUCCGUUGGAUAUCACGGUGAUAUCGGCGGAGGACUUGAAAGACGUGAACCUGAUAUCCAAAAUGGACGUUUACGUGGUUGUCUCCCUCCCCAACGACCCCAAAUCCACCCGCCAAACCCCCGUCGACAAAGACGGCGGCAAAUCCCCCAAAUGGAACCACCGCAUCUCCCUCUCCCUCCCCACCUCCUCUCUCUCCUCUCUUUCUCUCCUCUUCAACAUCAUCUCCAAACGCCCCCUCGGCAACCGCCCCAUCGGCCACAUCACCCUCCCCCUCUCCCAACUCCUCGACUCUGACUCCGACUCCCACUCCGCCGCCGCAGACGAUGGUUCUGAGCGAGUCGUCGAGUACCAGGUCAAAACUCCCUCCGGGAAACCCAAAGGUACUCUCAAAUUCUCAUACAAAUUUGGAGAAAGCUUCACCGUCGAGCCAGCCGAGGCCGUUAAAUCCAAGAAUGUUGACGAGCCCGUCACGGCCUACCCCGCCCAUCCAGCUGCCUACGCUCCGCCGCCUCCGGGGGUCGGGUACGCUCCUCCUCCGCCGGGGAUGGCGGCGCCGUAUGCUUAUCCUCCGCCGGCGCCGGGGUAUGGAUAUGCUCCUCCUCCGCCGUCCGGGUACGGUGGAUAUCCUCCGCCUCAGCCGGGGUACGGGUAUCCGCCGUCGGCCGCGGGGUAUGGGUAUGGUCCGCCGCAGGGAAUGGGGGCGAUGCCGCCGCAACAGGGGAAGAAGAAAAAGAAGGGGAGUAAGUUAGGGCUAGGGUUGGGAGCAGGGUUGCUGGGAGGGCUUUUGGUGGGUGAUAUGAUUUCUGAUGUGGGAGAGAUGGCUGCUUAUGAUGCUGGCUUUGAUGAUGGUGCUGAUUUUGAAUUUUAAAAUAUAUGCCUUGUUUGAGAGUCUUCUAGUUAUGAUGUGUUUAAAAGGAUUUGAUUCUUUAUUUAUGCAAUAAAAUUUUUACUAUUUUAUA